UCUGAAGAAAGACUUGGUGCAUUUCGAACCCAAACCGCCUUCCUUUUUGCCUCCGGGAGGCCGCAGCCUGGCGCGCCGCCGCCAUUCCUGCUGUUGGUGCUCCUCCUGCUGCUGCUGGCGCCGGCCCUGAGCCGCCCCGCGGAAGUGGCGGUGGGGGAGCGCGGCCCCCGGAGGCCGGCGGGCGCUCUUUGCGCGGCCGUGGCGGAGGUCUUCGGGGACCAUGGUGCAGCUUUACAACUUGCACCCCUUCGGGUCGCAGCGGGUGGUGCCCUGCAAGCAAGAGCCGGCGCAUUUCUGCUGCGGCCGCGAUGUGCUGUUCGUGGCCAGCGCGGCGGCCAGCUGCGGGGUCGAAGUGUUCGCGGUGCGCGACCGGGGCCGCUGCGAGCCCCUGGGCUCCUUCGCCACGCUGGGUCCCGUGCUGCGCAUGGCGCACAGCCAGGCAGGAGACUAUCUGGUGACAAUUGAAGAAAAAAGCAAAGCAACUUUCCUAAGAGCGUAUAUGAACUGGAGAUGCAUGUCUGCAGGGAGUUCUCGUGUUUGUGUUCGUAUGGUUGGUCACAAGAUGGAAGAGUCAUACAGUGAAACCUUAAAAGAACAGAUGUCAAUUGUGGAAAUGCCACUUUCGGAUCCUCCACUGUGCAUUUCAUGUUGUCCUGUAAAUGGAGAUCUUCUUGUGGGCUGCAAAAAUAAACUAGUCAUGUUCUGCUUGAAAUAUCUGGUCAUAAACCAGAAUUUGACUGUGUUAGACUUUGAACGCUCCUUAAUUUUACACAUUGAUAACCUCAUUCCUGCUGAAGUUGCAUUUUGUGCCAGACAUAUAGCCAUAACAACAGAGCUGGAUGUUCUGAUCCUGAAACUGGAAGUGGUCCAGCAAAGUGCAGACAGGACAGAGCAAUGUGCACAUAGAGUUAGUACACUAGAAAAGCCUGUGGAUGGAGGUGUAAAAAAAGAUGAAGGCCCUUCAACACAUACUUUACAGCUUGAGUUAGAUGAGUUCAUCGUAUGUCAGAAGCCAGUGGAACUGCUUGGGGAAGAAAGUAAGCUAUGUGAGAUACCCAUCACACUGGAAUCCACAGAGUUACCUACAGAAGACACAAAGCGCUUCCAAGUGCGGUAUCUGCUUUUCAGGCGUUUUACACCAGACCAGUCGCCUUUUGGGUUUUGUGAGGAGACAAAGUUGCACUCUGUUCAACUGCUUCCUGUAUACCAGACAGGAGGUUCUGUGACGGCUCAUGAGGAAACUGAGAACAAGAAAGAACUACUGAGUCUCUUUUGCUUUUUCUCUUUACCUCAUGUUGGAUAUCUCUACUCUGUUGGGAAGUUAGUAGAACUGAUUUCUACUUACCAGUAUUCAGAGAAGUCAGAGCAGGCAGUUCUCACUCCACAGUUCCUGCACGUCAUUACAAGUGAGAACCUGCAGUGUUUCACAGUGCGGUGCAGUGCAGCAGCAGCUCGUGAUGAGGAUCCAUAUAUAGAUACGACCGUGAAGGCUUGUCCACCUGUUGCAUUGGAUGUCUGCACAUUAAGAAUGCAGCUUUUUAUAGGACCAAGAGCUAUCUGUCAUUUCAGAAACCAUAUAAUUCUUUUGACUAAGGCAGACAUGGAAGAUAUUACUGAAAGAAGAAAGCCUACAAGAAGGAUGCUUUCCAGAAAGGCUGACAGCAUCAAAUCCAGAACAAAUUCUGAGUCAGAACCUGGUUGGAAUUUAUAUAUUAUAAACACUGUUUCAACCAUUCAGCUUUACAGAGAAAUGGUAGAUUAUAGUAGAACUUACGAAAAUGUAAAAACUGAGAGUUGCAUCCAUCUUCUAAGUGAGGCUCACUUACUGGUCAGAGCAGCUAUAAUGGACCCUUGUUUCCUUACAUCAGAUGAGAAGGAAGAACUUCUAAGAGCAUUCAGAGAAAGUUGUGCCUUCUUAGGAGACUGCUACAGCAGGUUUGACACAAAGGAUUACCACCUUGCUUUGCCAUACUACAGAAUGUCAGGUUUAUCCAUGACUGAAGUUUUAAAGAGGCUAGUUUCAGAAGGUGAUGAAAUGCAGACAUAUGAGAGAGGAUUUGUAUUUUACUUAACUCACUCUCUUAAUGAAGACUUAAAUGAAGAAUUAAGUAAGGAAUCAGCAAAUAAAGUUCUCCAGAUAUUCUAUCUUGCUGACCCUGUGCAGCUGCCUCAUAUCCUCUGCAGCCCCUGCAUGAGAAACGUAUGUCCUGUGACAGCUGUGAAGUAUCUUCAGAAAGCAGAAAAGAUUAUGCCAUCAGUGGUCCUGACACUUACUAAGGCUUUCAUGGCUCUGAAAAUGGGAGACUUGACAUUGUAUGAACAUGAGAUGGACUCCUAUAAGGAGACAAUACUGGCCUGUGGCUUCAUUGGACAACCAAAACUCUUGAGACAGCGUAAGGAAGGAAUGGUUCUGCCAACUGAGUUUGCUGUUUACCUGAAGGAGAUGCAGCCUGGUUUACUGGUGGCUGCCACUGUGGCUUUACAUGAGAACAGUAAAAUUGAACUGGAAGAAGCAGAUACGUUUUUCAAGCUGUUGUGUAGUAACAGUGAAAACACUAUUCCUCAGCUCUUGGUGGAUUUCUGGGAAGCUCUUCUUGUAGUGUGCUCUCAGGAAGAAGUACUUCAGGAGCUUUUAUUGAGGGUUACUUCUCAGUAUGUUUGGAGAAUAUCAAAGCAGCAGCUUCCUGAGACUAAGCCACUGAAAACAGCAGAGGAUCUGAUAAACUCAUGUAAUCAUUUUGGGUUGAUUUUCCCAUGGGUAACUUCCAUAAUGUCAGCGGGAUCUCCAUCUGAUAAAGAUUACGGUGACGAUAUCUCAAAACUACAGUCUCUUUUAUGUAGUCAGUCAAUCAAUAUAGCUUCAGCUCUGCCUGUUUUGGAGCCUCUGACAGAGGCUGGCAAUGUCGGCCUCACCAUCCAUGUUCUCUGCAAUACCCGCCUAGGCAAGUAUGAGGAAGCCAUUGACCAGCUUCUCAAAAGGUGUCCUGAUGCAGCUGUAUUAUACGCUCAGCAUGAGCUGAAAGAUGACAAUCGGGCGGUGUGGUGGAACAAGCUGCUUCCUGAACUUUGCAAGAGAACCAGACUUACUGGAAAUGACUGCCCUGGUCUUAUUUCAUCGCUGAAAGAAACUUUAUCAGUUGUUGCAAUGGAACUGGAACUAAGGGAUUUCCUCAGUCUUCUACCGGAGGAUGGAACUGCAGCAUUUUUCCUGCCACAUCUUCUUCACUGCAGCCAGAGGAAGCUGCUGACCUAAAACAAUGAAAGUCUACUAUGUGCUCAAAUACAAAGAAUGUGCUGGAAUAAAAAAGUAAAUGAAACAACCAGUAGAACUACGUAUAAGGUACUGUGGGACUCCCCUCACAUAAAUCACCUUAUUUCUCAGUUGAAACCUUAUGACAACUAUUGAAUGACAGCUAUUGUCUGAGGCAAAGCAUCUGUUUGAAGCUAAUACUAUUACACUCUGACAAAGGUCAGCAAACCAGAAUUCCUGCCAGGUAGAACUGAAUGGUGGUUGGACAGGUAAAAACAUAGCUAUUCAACUGUUAGGCAGAAUCACUCAUCUUCUCAGUGAGGGUGAACUUAGGGCCAAAACAGCUAGAAAAUACAGACUACAUUACAAUUGGACAUACAAUGUUCACUGAAAGUAAAGCAGGGAGCGGGUCUUAAUUCUGUGUGUGUUAGUUGGAUCACUGACCUAGGGAGGAGUUUAAGUUCAGGCAUGUGUCUAACUGUAUGCGUAAAAGUAAGUGCCUUACUCUUCUGAGUGGAGUUGAGCCCCACUUACUUCAUUUUGCAACAUAGACAGUCCCUUGAAUUCCAGCUAGCAAAACCAGUCAGCUGCUCUGUCAUCUUAAUUAAAUAUCCAUGCAAGUGUAACACUGAAAGUGUUUUCACUUAGCAAUUCACAAAAAAAAGCCAUAAUCAAAGAGAAAUGGAAAUGUUCCUAAGGGGAGUGGAAGAUAUGGACUGCCACUUGCUUGCUGGUUUUGGUUUUUUUCUUCUCUUGUUGUACUUGGUUAGUAGACAAGUAUUUGAAGUAUUGCUAGGCCGAAAAUUCUUAUUUCUUCUAGGAUUUUGGUAAGCGUUUCAGGUACUUGUGCAUGUAUGUACUGAUGCUUGUCUUUCUUCUGGGCAGAAAACAUCCUGUUUCUUCAGCUGGAAUUCAGUCAUAAUAAACUGUCACAAUGUUUAUGACUUA